AUGGGUUUGGAGGAUUUAGGGUUUCAGUCUUUUUCAGAAAGAAUGCAUGAGGAUAUUUUCAUUACUUCUAAGGGUUCCACGAGUGUGCAUGAUAUGCGUGAUAAACCUAGCCUGUUUAACAAGCCUUUGAAGAUUGAUGGGAACCCUUUACUGCCGCAUCGAGGUGUAGUGCAGGAAGAUCCUAGGGUUAUUAAUAUUAUUGAUGAAUUGCAGAAAAUUACGGUACAAGUUCCGCCGUUAACAAGCACUCCUGAUAGUCAGGUUAAUCAGCAAGGGCCGCCGUCGGAACCGGUGUCUUAUGCGGAGAAACUUCAGUCCUCCGCCCCUAAUAAGAGGGAAGUCAACUUCAGACUUAUGAAGCCGUUAGAAACCAGGGAAGAUGCUGAUCUAGUUAUUCCGAAAGAGGUCGUUAAACAGGUACAAGAUAAAUUUGAGAAUGUACUUUAUGGUUAUUUUCUAGGAAGUCGUUUACCAUUCCCUGUAGUAGAAUACUAUGCAAAGAACGUGUGGGCAAAGUUUGGAUUUCAAAAGCUAAUGUUGAACUCGGCUGGUUUCUUUUUCUUCAAGUUUGAUUCUCGGGAUGGGUUAACAAAGGUUUUGGAAGGAGGUCCUUGGUUGAUAAGAAAAGUUCCUCUAUUUCUGAAUAUAUGGUCACCAAAGGUUAGCUUGAAGAAGGAUGGUGUGAAAGCAAUUCCCUUGUGGGUUAAACUGCAUAACGUCCCAAUCUCGGUUUACACGGAUGAUGGAUUAAGCUUGUUGGCUUCGAAAUUGGGUAUCCCGAAAAGGCUUGACUCUUAUACGGCUGAUAUGUGUGUGGAUAACUGGGGCAGGAGCAGUUAUGCUCGUGCAAUGAUUGAGGUGAAUGCGGAUAGUGAACUUAAAGAUUAUAUUACGCUAGCUAUUCCUAAAAUGGAUGAGGAGGGAUAUAUUAUGGAACGAGUAAAAGUUGAAUAUGAGUGGAAACCGUUACGUUGCCCCACAUGUUGCUUAUUUGGCCAUGACCACUCUUCUUGUAGCAAAAUUAUCAAGGAUAAGGCGAAGCAGGUGGUGGUAGAUGAGGAAGGGUUUGUUACUGAUCGUAAGAGAAUGGCUAAACAUGGGUUUCCACAAAAGAAACAAAAGACUAAGUUUGUUUACAAACCAAAGGCUAAUAAAGAUACUCCUGGUACAUUUGGAACAAAGCCGGAGGUUUUCCCUAAUAAUGGUCCCCCAACUGUUAACGUGGCUAAUUCCUUUCAGGCAUUAGCUAAUGAUGAUGCUGAUGACAACCCAGCAGCGGGUAAUACUUCGGGUAAUAGUUCGGCUGAGGUGAAUGGUGGAAUAAAUAACGGAACUGCAGUGCAUGAUGAGGUUAUAGAGACUGUUUCGACUGAAAUGUCGGCAUACAUGAGUAGCAAUCUUAAUGGCAGCAAAUCUGAGGGGGUAAGUACUCCCGGUUCCAUGGGUUUCAAUGGGUAG